AUGCUACCCCGCGCUUCCACGACCGUCUCUGCUUCAUCGCCCAGCUCUGGCACUGCCACGCCUACCAUCAGGAACGCAGCCCCACGCGCUCCGACCACGACCGCUGUUCCCAACAGGUACUCUCAUUCUCAAGCUCCAGCGUCUGGCUCCACCCACGUCUCAGCUCGUCGACCUGUAGCUCGACUCAGUGCUCAAGCUCCUAACUCUCGCGAGCGAGCUGUGCGCAAUCAGUCUGCUGCCUCAGCAUUAGCUUCACCCUUCCAAUCGCACGCCAUGCCGUCCAUCUUUGGAUACUAUUCGCACGAUGCAAAUCCUGUUAGCAACCUCGCCUCCACCGCCUCUCCCAGCUCCAGUCUAGGCGCCCAGCAGUGGUCGCAGUCACUUAGAGAGUCCAUCUAUCAUCAACGAUCCGCCUCUCAUUCGCCUGUUCCUGUUCGCCCGAAUCAUUCCGCAGCCUCUACGCCUACUUUCAGCCCCCGAGCCGGUUCGAUAAGCUUCUACGCUGCUCAUCCACAGCGUCAGAACGCACGUGUAUCCUCCCAUCUUGGCAACACGUAUCGCUCUGCAGAGACGCAACGCAGCACCGUUGCUCAUUCCGUCCCAGCCGCCUCUGGCUGGGAUUCGAGCCUGCUCGCCUCUUCUCUCCGUGCUGAGCAGCCUAUCUUUGAAGAGACCACCACGAUCUCCUUCACCUGGUCCAUUCGCGAUCUCCACUUGCUCCGCGAAGAGGUCGAGCACUCACCUCCGCCGUCAGAGGGCGGUCGUUCAGUAUCUGCGGGAGCUGGCAAAAGUGAUGUCUGGACUAGUCAACCAGUAUUUGGUGACAACAAGUGGAAGCUCGAGCUCGUUCGUACUACUCGCCCUCUCACCGACCAGUCUCAAGAGAAUGACUCGACCAAUGAACACGAUGGCUCGGAUGAUGGUAACGAUGAGGUCACGGCGGCCAAUAUCCCCAGCGCCGAUACAGCUGCUGAUCAAGUCAACGAUUCGGACUCGGCCGCAAGUCGCCCCAGUAUCACCAUCCUGUCUGUCUACUUGACUGCCCUGGUAUUGGAGUACACGCAUGCCAAUGUCGAGAUCCCUGCUUCCAUCAUGGUUGGGUUGAGACCCAUCCGAGCAGCUGUCGGCCGACGCGGCGCCGAGAGCGGAGGCUAUCUGUGGCGACGCUUCUAUGACUACACGUUCCAGAAGGAGGCCGACCUCUUCACCUGCCACGACCUUCCGAGCGUAUCCGAGAUGCUACAGGACCUCAAUGUCGCGCGUGACGAUGCAGUCGCCCUCACCAUUCAGCUUGGCUUGGGGCCCGGUCACACGCGCGCUCGAUCUGGUCAGCUCGACGAUGCCGCUGCCUCACAUGCUCCCAUCGAAGUUGACGGUCAUCACCUGGUUCCCAGAGCCGUGCUCAGCUCGCUUCAUGGCUUACUCGACGAUGCUAACACGGGUGAUGUGCGCAUCCUGGUUCGGGAAAGGGGUGUCUUGCUGCCGGAACUGUCCGACUGUGCCUCAAUGUCGGAUGAUGGGCAUCCCGACAACACCAUCACAGAAAAUAUCGGACGCGUCGUCCCAUAUCCCAUCGGUUCCAGCUGCCCUACCGCUCCUGCUUCCGCGCACCAGUCCGAAGCUCCGACAUUCACUUCGAUCGACGAUGACCCGGACCGCAUCUUUGUCCGCGAUCGUGUGCUGUGGGCACAUGCCAGCGUCCUCAAGAGCCGCAGCGACUAUUUUCAGACUAUGCUUGCCUCCGACUUUAGCGAGGGGAUCAGCCGCAACUAUGCGGCAGUCGGAGCGAGCGCCGCUUACGGCCGCAACGUGCGCACACUCCAGAUCUCGGAUGCCGACUUCGUCACAGCCUACUGGUUCCUGCGCUAUCUGUACACGGAUGACAUUCAAUUCGCGGACAAGGAAGACGUGCGCAGCGCCAUACUCGAUGAAGAAUGGGCGAAAGGUGCUGACGUUGGCCAUCUCACAGCUGGAUCGGCGAGCGGGGAUGCCGGUCACGCUGGAGCUCUGCCCAGGAAUCUGCUCGUCGAGUGGACGCCGAUCUCGCAGCUCAAGGACAACGAUGAUUUCGAGAUGGACGGCAUGGGCUUUUCGAUGAGCGCCGCCCCAUCCGCAGGUGGUCCGCGAGGUGUUUCGGGCUCGUUUGUUCUGCAAAAGCCUUCCACCACAUCUGGAUCUCUGCGACAGAGAACGAGUGCUGCGGGACUGGUCGACGGAGCAAGUGGUAGUGUCAGUGCUCGCCCUCUGUCAGCGCCGAACUCGCCCUCGUCCGUCAUCGACGCAAGCGCAGCCAGCAAGCAUCACACCACGGACGAAGCCAGUCGCGCAUCGGGUCGUGCCACAUCCAACGCUCCUGCAGCAACCCUCGACCCGCACGCCCACCCUUGCGCCGACCCGGGUCCCGCCUCGGCGCUGUCGAUCUUCAAGCUGGCGCACCGCUACCACAUGCAGGAGCUCUCGCGGCUCGCGGCGAUGCACAUGGUGGCGACGCUGACGCCGCAGUCGGCGUUCCCGAUGCUGCUCGCCACGUCCAUGUACACGGAGCUGCACACGCGCAUCAAGACGUACGUGUACCAGCAGUGGCAUCUCGUCUCGCACACGGAGGAGUUUGAGCGCUGCUGCGACGAAGUUAGCGUGGGGAUGUGGGGUGCGGAUGCGGGGAAGACGAUGAGGGCGUUUGUCAGGAGCUUGGUGUCGCCGUUGAGGGCGGGGGGUCAGACGUGA